CUGACACUGCUGAGUGAAGUUGGCCAUGUGGUUGGUGGGAUUUUCGUACCCACGUCUAGAAUGAAGGGAAAUGUGAGCGAAUAGCGAUUGGAACAUCGAGCCUUAGAAUUCGUGACGCGGUCAUUGGCAUCCAUCAAUUAUAGGUAGCCAUUCGGCUAAUCUGAAACUGUAGGCACAUUCAAAUCCGGUGCCGAUCCCGUCAUCAAAAUGAGCGAUGCCAAUCGGAAGCGCAAAUCCAGAGACAAACAAUUUUAUAUCCAACAAGCCAAGCGCAACAAGUUAGCCAAGUUCAGUUUGGUUCCGGGUAUCAAAGGGUUCCUGUUGUUCUGCAACAAACACGAAAAAGAAGCCAUACGAGAAGGAUACCGAAUCCUCAAUGAGUUUGCCGACAAACGCACCCAAGUCCUCGAAGAGAGCCUCAAAGAGGUCAAACAAGAGCAUCAGUUGUCAGCACAGUCUCAAGAUUCCCAAUCUGAUGAAGAGAUUGACGUGGAUCAGGCCAUGGAUGAGGAACGCCAGGCCCUGGCCCGCGAGCGACAGUUGCCCUCGGAGGAGAAACGCUUUCAAGUGGUGGAGAGCGGAGCCCAAAAUGUUCUGUUCAUUCGCACCACUUGGGAGGAUCCCGUUCAAUUGGCCAUGGAUGUCAUGAACGCCAUUCUCGAGUCGGGUGAGCAAAGAACCAGGUAUCUGUUGCGGCUUCUCCCCGUCGAGGCCACGUGCAAGAGUCAAGAGACGGCUAUCGAGAAGGCCAUUCAGACCAUCCUUCCGCGAUGGUUUAAGGGCAAAUCAGAGGUCAGCUACGCAGUUCAAUUCAAAUGUCGACUCAAUAGCAACUUGAACAAAGAUCACAUCACCCGGAUGAUCGGUCGUCUGGUUCGCCAAGUCAAUGACGCAGCCAAAGUGGACUUUAAGAAACCCAACUUGACCGUCAUGGUCGAAGUGAUGAAAGGCAAUUGUUGCAUAGGUGUCUUGCCCAAUUACGCUCACUACCGCAAGUAUAACUUGAUUGAAUUGGCCUCGCCAUCGCCCGGAUCAAACAAGGCAGACGUAGAUUCUCAGAAAAACGGAGACGAGCCAGCAGCAACCGUGACAUCUUCCGAACAUGCCAAAGUCAAAUCGGAAGCCGAAGAACCCGAGUUGAAUAAGAGUGAUGAAGUUACUGAGAGUUAUAAUCCCCUAAGAAAAGGUGAAAGCGUGAAAGAAGAGUCUCAAAGUAUUGGUCAAUCUCCCGACUCCAGUGAAGAUGUCACAAUUAUUACGAAUGCCGACAACCCGCAUCCUAGGUCUAAUGAUGGAUCCGAUGUAGAUUCAAGAAAGGCAUUAUUAGGAGCACCCCUUACGGAUCCAGUUCUCAAACAAUCCUCGAAUUCGAACGAUCACGGUUCUGUCCAGCCCGAAGUAAUGCCGUAAUUCAGGAUGCCGUGUGAACCUUUCAUGAGGUUGUGUUCUGUGUUCCUUAUUUCUAGACUCCAAGGUUCAAUACUAAUGUAAGUUUCUUCCUCGAAAACUCGAGUGCAAAUUCUUCGUUUUUAAAGUGUUAUUAGUUCUUGAAUGAUUUACAUGACAAAGGCUUUCUCAGCUUCGGUGAAUGAAUAGAUCUCUUUUGUCCGGG